AUGAGCUCUGACUACGCACAGCCCAGUCGAGUCACAUCGGGACAGAGCUCAGACCCAGCAGGCUCCAAACAGGACACGAUCUGCUGCACCAUCCCACUGCUGAGUGCUUACCACGUACAUGUUCUCUCUCUCUCCACAGCCGCCACAGGAAGUCCCGCCCACGAUGCGCUCACAGCCGGCCACCCCAGGACGAGAGUGCGCCGGGCCACCGCGGAGGACACCUACUGGGCCUAUUCAGGCAGAGGCCAGGCCAGCCCACAGAGGGAGGUCCUGAUUGGAGUUGGUCAGACCUCUGGGGGACACGAUUAG